GGACUAAGAAGGCUUCUGGUGUAGGUCACCUCAGAGAUUCCCCCUUUCUCUUUUCCAGCAGAGCUGGGGACUUCUAGGGUGGUAUCAGGUGCUGAAAGAGACCGGCAAUGGCGUGGUGCAGGGUGCUCCGCGGAAGGAGUUGGUGCUUGGCAAUAUAGUCUUGGAAAUAGCCGGCAAAGCUACCUAAGACUGUGUUGAAAAUGCUGGGAGAGAAAAGGCAAUUAAUUGUGAAAAGAGACCUUUAUACAGACCCCACGUUUCCAGCCAGUGAUACCUCUUUAUUUUUUGAUUAUUCUACCCCACUUGCACAGUUCAGAGGCAAGAUCUCUUGGUUGAGACCUAAGGACAUUUGUUCUGCUCCUCGGUUAUUUUCAAGCAAUCUGCAGGAUGUGCAAGUGAAACAAGGGAUAUUGGGAGACUGUUGGUUCCUGUGUGCCUGUAUAGUUUUGCAGAAGAGUAAAUACUUGCUGAACAAGGUAAUCCCUCCAGGUCAGCCCAGCUGGACAGAUGAGUCAUAUCAAGGCUGCUUCACUUGUCGAGUCUGGCAGUUUGGACACUGGGUGGAAGUGACCAUCGAUGACCGUUUGCCUUGCCUUGGUGGUAAACUCUGCUUUUCCCAGUGUCAGACCGAGGAUUUGUUUUGGCUUCCACUCUUGGAAAAAGCUUAUGCAAAGUAUGUGAAUACUGUUAUUUGGGCAAGUAAAGGGAGAGUGCAUGGAUCUUACGAACAGUUGUGGGCAGGACAGGUGGCAGACGCUUUGGUGGAUCUGACCGGCGGAAUUGCUGAAAGAUGGACCCUAAAAAGCCCUGGAAGAAAGAUGGAGAAAGAGAAGUCUGGCGUGGUUUUGGAGAAAGAUGUGUUUAGAAGAUUAAUGAAUCUGAAGGAACAGUGUGUAAUAAGCUGCUCAGUCCUCGAUUCCAGACAAGGUGCAAGCGAACUAGGAGAAUUUCAUGCCUUUAUUGUGAUAGACAUGUUGAAUGUGUCUGAAGUGUCAGGCAAGGAAAUCUUUCUACUUCGAAUACGAAACCCUUGGGGGAGGCGGUGCUGGAGAGGACCCUGGUGUGAGGGUGGUCAAGGAUGGAGUCGGCUCGAUCCAGUCGUUGCCUCAAAACUGCUCUCACAGAUCCAAGAGGGAGAAUUCUGGGUUGAUGAAGAGGAAUUUUUCAGGGAAUUUGAUGAGAUUACCAUGGGCUUUCCAGUAAAUGAGGAAGGACAACUUCAGAGCCUCUCUACAGGGAAAGUGCUGUAUCACUCUCAGAAUCUCUUUGGAUCCUGGGUGAGAGGCCAGUCUGCCGGUGGCUGCCGUAACAACAGCAGCUUCCCUACCAACCCUAAGUUCUGGCUGAGAGUCUGUGAAAAGAGUGAGGUGUGCAUUGCUCUGCUGCAGAAACAUAGGAAAUACCAUGCUGACUGGGCUGGAAGAAUUAAAAAUCUGACUCACUUAGCAGAGGAAAAUCUAUCUUUGACUGAAGGCAUACAGGGGAAGAAUUACCAGGCUGUGGGAUUGCAUGUCUGGAAGGUGGAGAAGAAACGAUUUAAUCUUCCAAAGACCCUCUCUGCUCCCCCAGUUGUAGGUACUGUCUGCCAUUCCUAUGACAGAGAAGUACAUGUAUGCUGUGACCUUUCGCCUGGGUUUUAUCUUGUUGUUCCCAGCACUUUUCUGAAAGAUGCAGUAGGGAAUUUCUUGCUUCGAGUAUUUUCAACAGGAAGGAUCUCUCUCAGUGAGCUAAAGCCACCUCCCACAGAUGGUACCCUCUGUGAAGAGCUCCCAGCAGGUGAAUGGGAGACAGUGCAGCUGCAUGGAUGCUGGAAAAAUGGGCAAAGUGCCGGAGGCAGCAGGAACUUCCCCUCCUUCCAUACCAAUCCCUGCUUUCCAUUCUCAAUUCCUGCAGGACCAGGAAAAAGCAGUGUGAAAGUUACCCUCCGUCAGCACUGCCAAGAUAGCAAGUGUUGUCCAAUAGGUUUCCAUAUUUUCCAGGUGCCUAACAGCAGCUGGAAACCACAUACUUCCUCUUUUCUACACUUGGAGCCACUAGUUAGCUGUGUACCUCAUUGCUAUUCACAGGAAGUAAGCCAGCUUUGCAGACUUCCUGCAGGAAGCUAUUUAAUUAUACCUUCUACCUACUUGCCUGAUACAGAAGGCGAUUUUACAGUGGUCAUAGCAACCAAAAUAGACAGGAAGCGCAUUCACAGCCGGGAGACACUUGGACAAGUAUUACAAGAAAUAUCUGGAAGCUUCUGUAUAACUAUUUUAUAAAGUCAUUAUUUAUCCCUCAAAUCGUUCCUCAGUACCUACCUCUGCUGUGACCUCUGUGAGAAAUCGGACUGUUAGUCCUGAGUAGUGGUGGAGUAGUCAUACUUGACUUGCUUUCAAGAGUGUAAACACUAUCUGUGUAUUUGGAUAUCUUUUGAUGUAUUCAUUCUUCAUGUCACCACAGACCUGCUAGCUUUAAUUAUAUAUUGUAUUCUUCAUCUGAUUUGCUUUGAUAUUAAUUUGGGAUUCUAUGUAUGGUGAUCUAGAAAUUCUAAUGAUAUUAUAAUGUUAUAAAGACUUGAGAAAACACAGCAAAAAGAGAAGAAAAGCAAGCAGGCAAUCCAGAGAUUGGGUUUCACCACACUAGAGUUUAGGGAUUUUUUUGUUUGUUUGUUUCUUUACAGCCAGCCCAUACAUUAUCCUCUCAUUGCAGUCCUUCUUUGAGUGCAAGCUGUUUGGAUCAAGUUAAUGCCACCUAUUUAGUAUUUUGGUAUUUCAUUUUGCGUGAUUAGAUAUACAUGUAGUAUUGAAGGGUUAGGUGUGAAUGCUGAGUACCUAAUACUUAAGGUGUUUUUACUGGGUGGAGAGGAGAAUUUAAUUAUUUCAACAGUUGUUUAGAGAUAUUUGAUUUGGUUGGUGGAUCAAAGCAAGCCCUUGAUAAUAUUUUGCUUAUUAAGUGAGAACAAGAACAUCUAGAUACUUGGCCCUUUCCUUUGAAAAGGGAAAGUCUUAGCAAAAAACAUCUUCACCCAAGAUUAGAACUGGUUUACUAAUUUUCUUAAUCUAGGUCAUGUUAACCAAUGAUUACAUUUUGUCCUUAAACCCUAACAAACAAUAUGGAAUUUGGGUGCUUCACAAAAAUGGACAAAGACCUGUAUGUACUUUCCUCAUGGUGCUUGUCAUUUUAAUAUUUAGAAGCUGAAGUAUAUAAUGAAGUCCUUUAUUGCUGCUGUUUUGGAAGCAAAACAUUGCAGGACCAUUAUUACAGAAGGAAUAUAUUCAAAGAUACGUUUCUUAUAUUAGUCUAUGGAAACGGUUGGACUUGGGCAAAGGGUUCUUCCCGACAUCAAGAAACAAACCAUUUACAGUCUUCAGGACUUGAAAACUGGAGGAAUUCAGAAAUGGAAGUUACAGGUUUCUUAUCAGUGGCAGAAAUUAAUGUCUGAAUCUAAUCUUCAGUAGCAUUGGCUCUUCUAAAGAAGAUAGGAAUUAUGAGUUUUAAUUUUUUAAGAUAUUUCACGUGAGAAGCUUUCAUUGUGUCUUUAACUUCUAAAUCUUUAUUUUCUCUGAUCUACUUUAAUUCUUUAUAAUGUCUUCUCUUUCUUGACAAGAAAGGCUAACUCAUGAAAUACUUUUUUU